AUGGCAGGUGACGUGCGUGCGCUCCUGAAUCAAAGGCGGAUCACCUAUCUCCAGGUCUCUAAAGAAGCCCAUGUGGGCGUAACCCCUCGAAGCUGGGCUCGGCGGAAUAGCGGCGGAAUAGCGGCAGCAAUCUUAGCUGCUUUCUCUAACCACUCGGUGCAAGUGGUCGAGCAAAAAGAGCUGGCCGAGGUAGAAGCCAGUCGCCGGAUCACUCCGAACACGUUCCGACUCUUGCAGUACUGGGAUCAUCCGCCAUCGCUCUGGCUGCGGCGGAGCCUACGAAGCUUACGGUGCUCCGGUACUCCAAGAGGGUCUAAGGAAGUUCAAGAGGCGAAGCUAUUGUUCGUGAGACUUUUGCGCAGGUAUGCAUUAUGA